AGCUGAGGAGAAAGAGAGAGAGAGAGAGAUGCAGUGAAAUGCCGGCUGAAAGGGAGGGAGGGCUGGUGUAGCAGCGCGAGUAAGACAGACACAAAAUGAGUGAGAGAGGGAGAGAGAGCGAGAGACAGACAGACAGAUGAUGAAGGAUGCUCAUACACAAAGACACUCACUCUCAGGAUACAGUGGAAUAGCGUGGGCUGGAGCUCAGUGCCACUGUAAUGUAGGCAGACUGAAUCCAGGUGUGAGUCUGUGACUAGGAGACGGAGGUAUGUCUGAGCUCCGAUCCAGGAUGCGCUGCAGGAGAGCAGGGAUACGUGCAGCCGUGGCUCUCAUCGGACUCCUGCACCGCUCACGCAAACAGCGAGAAAGAGAGAGACUCAGAAGCAAAGGCAGCCAGCGGAAGCAGGAGAUGCUGACCAUCUCAAGUCUUCCCCUGGCAGACUGCCCUCCAUCUCCACCAAGAACUGCUCCUGCUGCCUUGAAGUCUGCAACAUUUUUCGAUUCCCUGGAAAAGAUGGAGCAGGUGUCUGAGGUGGAUGAGAUGAGGCCAAGCCCACAGAGUGUUAAGGAUGACUUUGUUCAACAACCGAGUAUCGAAAAGGUGCUUCGGGAUGGUCCACCAUACCCUCAGGUGAUCCUUCCACGGCUUGGAGGUUAUUGGAUCGAAGACCCCGAGACUCCAGCCGUCACCCCAAACUCUGGAGAAAGCAGUUGGUUUCACGAGGAAGAUGAAGAGGGAACGAACCCGGGGGGAGACUUCGGAUAUCGACUGGAGAGUAACUACGGCAUCCAAGCCUACCGCAAGCACUUUGUGGGCAGAGAGCACCUUGACUUCUACUGCACGGCCAGCAACCAUGGCAACCUCGUCAUGUCCCUCCGGCAUGAAGAAAUAAAGGAUCAGGAGUAUCUACACAUCAUUUUAAGGACUCCAGCAAAGACAAUCUAUGACAGGAUUUUGGUCACAGGUUUGCCCGAGCUCCCCAGUGUCCCUCAGUUAGCCAAGCUGCUUUGUGAAGAUAUUGGCAGCUUCAGGUUCAGUCCUGUCCUGUAUCCUAAGGGAUCUCAGUUAAUCAUGAACUACGACGAACAUGAGCUUAACAACACCUUCAAGUUUGGUGUCAUCUACCAGAAGUUUGGUCAGACUUCAGAAGAGGAGCUGUUUGGAAACAGUGAGGAAACACCAGCUUUCGCCGAGUUCCUCCAAGUGCUGGGAGACUGCGUGGAACUGCAGGAUUUUAAAGGUUUCCGAGGUGGUCUGGAUGUCUGUAAUGGGCAGACAGGCUCUCAAUCAGUCUACACUGUGUUCAAAGGGCAGGAGCUCAUGUUCCACGUCUCUACCAAGCUACCUUUCACAGAAGGAGACACACAGCAGCUUCAAAGGAAGAGACAUAUAGGAAAUGACAUAGUGGCAACAGUUUUCCAAGAAGAGGCCACACCUUUCGUGCCUGACAUGAUCGCAUCCAACUUUCUUCACGCAUACAUCCUGGUCCAGGUGGAAAAUCCUGGGUCAGACGACACCACGUACAAGGUCUCCGUCACAGCGAGAGACGAUGUGCCACACUUCGGUCCUCCGCUUCCAAAUCCGCCAGUCUUCAAAAAGGGUCCAGAAUUCAGAGAGUUUUUGCUGUCUAAGCUGAUCAAUGCUGAGCUGGCCUGUUACCGCUCAGAUCGAUUUGCCAAGCUUGAGGAACGAACACGGACAGCAUUGCUGGACAGCCUCCAUAAUGAAUUGCACAGACAGACUCAGGUGCUUCUAGGUCAGCCGCUCAGCGGUGAUGAGGAACGAAUGGAGAACGGAAGCCAUGGGGGAAUACUGGAGUCUAUCAAGCGAGCAAUGCGUGUGCGUAGUCACUCGAUGGAGACAAUGGGGGGUUCUCAGAGGCAUGGCCGCUCUGCAGGAGGAGGAGGAGUGCCCAACAGUCUGAGUGGAGCGGGUCUCACCCACAGCAGCCCUGAGUGCAAUAGGAACUCGUCCCCGGUGUCAUCUACGGCAAAGUCUCCUCUGAAGAGCCCGGUGAAGAGACGCUCGUGUCUUUUCCCUCGGCUGCACACUAGCGUGGACGGGCAGACGGAUCGGCUAACACGCAGUGUGCUCUGUGAUCAGAGGAGUCUAGACAACGGUCACCUUUCACAAGAGGUUAAAUCAGAGACCUCAUCAAACCCCAGUUCUCCGGAGAUCUGCUUGAGUAAAGAGAGACCAACUCUGAAGCCUCUGGAGUGUGCUCAAAGCCCAGAAAUCUCUCGCUCCCCAUCAAGCACAAGCAGCUUCAGUAGCGUGGCUGGUGAUACGGACACACUCGAGGAAGGAGACCCUAUCAAUCUCCCAGUUUCUCCCAGUUUGUCACCUGUGUGUAGCUCCUCUCUUGCUGUGGAGGGUCAAAGUGUAGGGACUCCUGUUAUCAUGUGCCGCAGUCCCACAGACUUCAAGAAUAAGAAUUCUCCCAGGUCCAGCCUGAGGUUCCGCUUCGACAAGCUGAGCCACGCGGCGCCUGGGCACUAGUGACCGGACAGUGAAGAGAGACCAGGAGCACUGUGUGAGCUGGAUGAGAGCUGUGGAACAAGACACCAUGCUGAGGAAGUGGGACACUGAAUUUGAAAUAUUGCUAAAGCUUGAGCUGCCUACAAGAUGCCAUGAGUGAUGUGAUCACACACACACACACACACACACACACACACAUACACACAUACACACACACACACAUUUCAUAUACACAAAUAACACAACGUUAUUAGAGCUUAGUGGGGUUUAUCCUACCACUGAUCCUGUUGACCUUGAAAAGUCAGCCUAUGAUUACGAUGAAGUUUUUCGCCAAAAUAAGGGACUGUGAUGAGUUUGUAGGAUGAUGCUCGAGCUUUUUAUAGCAACGGACUAUCACUGGUUUGAGACAGAACAGUGAAAGUUAUGUAGGACAACAUUGCUGCAACGUAUUUCCGACAAGAUUUCAUGGCUUAUGUUUUGCAUUGUGCUUUAUUGUCUUAGACAGCUCAGCUGAAUGAGAUUAGAGUCUCUUUAUUGUCCUUGAUCUGUUAUUAUGCUUGGUAAAAGCCGGGGUCUUCUUUCAGUCUGAACAAAGCUCACAGACUCCCUUAUAACUUCUGCACAGAUUCUUUUUUUCCCUGCAUUAUCCUACCAAACAAAUAUUAGGUAGAUAUUUAUUUAUCGAGAGAUUUAUUGAUUCCUGAACUUACCUCUAAAGAACACACACCAGUUACACUGUGUUAAAAUAAUAAUUUUUGUUAUUGCCAUACUUUUCUUAGUUUUAUAUUGAUUUAUAUUUGUUUUAUUUAUUAAGCCCAUUCAAUUUAAGGGACCAGUUACUGUUAUAAUUAAAUAAUAACUAUAGUAGUCUUAACAACAGUAGUUGGCAGUCAUCUGUACCAACCUCACAAAUCAGAUUAAAAUCUUUGACCCUUUGGCUAAAUGUCACAGUGGUCACUGAGCGCUGCGUUAUUGCACAUACACUGAUCAGGCAUAACAUUAUGACCACCUGUCUAAUAUUGUCAGUCCCCCUUUUUGCUGACAAAACAGCCCUGACCCGUCCUGCACUGUGUAUUCUGACCCCUUUCUAUCAGAACCAGCAUUAACUUCUUCAGCAAUUUGAGCAACAGUAGCUCGUCUGUUGGAUCGGAUCACACGGGCCAGCUUUUGCUCCCCACGUGUAUCAAUGAGCCUUGGCCGCCCAUGACCCUGUCGUUGGGUCACUACUGUUCCUUUCUUGGACCACUUUUGAUAGAUACUGACCACUGCAGACCGGGAACACCCCACAAGAGCUGCAGUUUUGGAGAUGCUCUGAUCCAGUGGUCUAGCCAUCACAAUUUGGUCAAACUCGCUCAAAUCCUUACGCUUGUCCAUUUUUCCUGCAUCUAACACAUCAACUUUGAGGACAAAAUGUUCACUUGCUGCCUAAUAUAUCCCACCCACUAACAGGUGCCAUGAUCAUCAGUCUUAUUCACUUCACCUGGCACUGGUCAUAAUGUUAAGCCUGAUCAGUGUAGCUUGAUUAAAUCUCUCUGAGGCUCUGUCAAUGAAGUAAGGAAUAAAAACAGGCAUUGAUUAUUUUUCUAUAACAGCAUGUUUAAUGAAAGAAUGACACGUCGUACUAUAUACACUAUAUUGCCAAAAGUAUUCGCUCACCUGCCUUGACUCGCAUAUGAACUUAAGUGACAUCCCAUUCCUAAUCCAUAGGUUUCAAUAUGACGUCGGUCCACCCUUUGCAGCUAUAACAGCUUCAACUCUUCUGGGAAGGCUGUCCACAAGGUUUAGGAGUGUGUUUAUGGGAAUUUUUGACCAUUCUUCCAGAAGCGCAUUUGUGAGGUCACACACUGAUGUUGGACGAGAAGGCCUGGCUCUCAGUCUCUGCUCUAAUUCAUCCCAAAGGUGUUCUAUCGGGUUGAGGUCAGGACUCUGUGCAGGCCAGUCAAGUUCCUCCACACCAAACUCACUCAUCCAUGUCUU